CACAGCAUCCAUCUCCAACCCAACCCACAUUCUCAACCCUCACCACUACCACCACCACCACAACCAAAUCAAACAUAACCAUGCCCCCCGCAACCCCCCCAACCGACUCCGACUGGAAAGCCCUCAUCACCACAACCCUCCAACAGCUCCAAUCCACCACCACCACCAGCUUCCCAACCCACCCGCUCCCCGCGCACCCCAGCCUCACAAUCGACCACACCCAACUGUCCCCGACCGCCAGCCCCACGCAAAUCGACACCCUCUGCACCGAAGCCCAACGCCACCACUUCGCCACCGUCUGCGUGCGGCUGCCCUACGUCGCCCGCGCCGUGCAGAACCUGUCCGGCAGCAGUAGCAGCAGCAGCUCCCCCCAAACCACCCCAGACAAGCCCACGCCAACCCCCGGCAUAGCCUGCGUAAUCUCCUUCCCGCACGGCACGGACCCGACCGCUUCCAAGACGCACGAAGCCGCCUCCGCCGUCGCCGCCGGCGCCACCGAGCUGGACAUGGUGCUGAACCGGCCCCUCCUGCAGGCGGGGGAAUACACGGCCGUGUACGCGGACAUCCGGGCCGUGCGGACGGCGAUCCCGGCGGACGUGGUGCUGAAGGUCAUCCUGGAGACGGGGCGGCUGGCGGGGACGGAGGAGGUGGUGGCGGGGAGUGUGGUUGCUUGUCUGGCGGGUGCGGAUUAUAUCAAGACGAGUACGGGGUUUGAUGGGCCCGGGGCGAGGGUGGAGGAUGUGCGGGUGAUGCGGUGGGUUGCGGGGAGGAUGGGGACGGGGACGAGGGUCAAGGCUAGUGGUGGGGUGAGGGGGGCGGGGGACUGGAGGGCGAUGGUGGAGGCCGGGGCGGAGAGGGUGGGGAGUAGUUCGGGGGUGGGGAUUGUG